CCCAAUCAGGGCAUGUGGCUGAAACUUGCACCUGACUGGGACAGUUCCUGGCCAGCCCCAGGCUGCACGGGGAAGUCUGCACAUGCAACCCGGAGCUGGAUGGGGACUGCCCGAUACAGGACAGUCCCCAGCCAGCUAUAGGCUGGAUGGGGAACUGCUCCCAUACAGGGAGCUCCCAGCCCCUGCUCUACAAUCGCAAUUGUGUUCAUGGAGCUGGGACUGGGAACAAGCUUCCAGCCUGUUCCCAGCCCCAGCUCCAUGAUUGCAGAGCAGGGGCUGGGAACAAGGUCCCAAGCCUGCUCCAUGAUUGUGAUUGGGGACUGAGAGCUGGAAGCUCCCUGCUGCUGGGCCAGGGGGAUAAUGUCCCCACCCGGGCACCUCUGACAGUUUCUUGCCUCCAAUGUCAGGAAAUCAGUUUUUGUGAAUCCCAUUCACCUGGUGGGUUGUAAAAGAACUGUAAAAUUAAUUUGACCACUAAAAGUCUAAAAGUUUUAGAAAUAAUUCACUAAGCACUGCAUGAACAUACUACAUCAUUUGAUAUAAACCUGUAUGGUCCUUAAAAAUAUGAGUGAACAGUACUGAUACUUCCUUUAAGGUACAGAUAGACACAGCCAAAUACUCUGCAAUUCUUCACAUAACAAAACUAGUCUUUCGACAUUUAGAUAAUAUUAAGGAAACCUAGAGCAGAAAUGAGUUUCCGAUGUAGUAGGUCCAUAAACAUCAAAAUGUUGCCAGGUCCACUGUGCAUUGACUCUAUGAUUCUUUAGUUUACUAAUGAUAAUAAUUCAUCUUUUUCAUAAACAUCUUGAAAGACAAGUGCUUUAUUUGGAAAGGCAGUUGAGAGCUCUAGAGAGAAGCUUCUCCAAAUACAAAAAAGUGACACUGUUCCCAAAUGGCAGAAUUGUGGGUGAAAAGGUAUUUGUGACCAGUGGCUAUCAAGGUGAUUUCAUCAGUGUAAAACAAAUGUGUUCUCAAGCUUGUGGCAAGCUAGCUUCCCCUCAAGAUUCAGCGGAGAACUCUGCUGUCCAGCAAAUUGCUGCUGUGUACACCAAAAAGGUGUUUCUAGGAAUAAAUGACAUCCAGAUGGAGGGGCGGUUCAGGUAUUGGAAUGUCCAAGUCAUUAUCUACUCCAACUGGGCACCGAGAGAACCAAAUAAUGAUAGAGGCAAUGAGGACUGCGUGGAAAUAUAUCCAAAUGGCUUUUGGAAUGACCAAAACUGUAGAGAGAAGCGGUUAAUUGUUUGUGAAUUUUAAACCACCUGUUCUAUUUCAUUUGAUUCAUGCUGCUCUGCUAGUUUGUGUUAUAAUCAAGAAACUAUCAUUUUACAGAGGCUUCCAACCUUCUGAUAGAUCACUAAUUAAAAUGAAAUAAUCAA